AUGAAGAACAAUCAGAUUCGAUGCUUGGUGGAUAGAGGAGUGCGCGUCAAAGUCGUGCCAUGGGACCAUCCUUUCGAAAAAGAAGCAUUCGAUGGCCUCUUCAUUUCUAAUGGCCCUGGUGAUCCAGAGAAGUGCUCUGCUCUGGUUGAUCGUCUCUCAGCUCUGUUGCAAACAACCAAUAAACCCAUUUUUGGAAUCUGCCUGGGACAUCAAUUGCUAGCCCGAGCAGCUGGUGCGAAAACCUACAAGCUGAAGUACGGUAAUCGUGGACAUAACCAGCCAUGCACCCAUGCGGAUACCUGGAGAUGUUUUAUAACAUCGCAGAAUCAUGGUUUUGCAGUAGAUGCUUCUUCAUUGCCACAUGAUUGGCGACCGCUGUUCACGAAUGAGAAUGACACGACGAAUGAGGGUAUUGCGCAUAAGAUAAAGCCUUGGUUCAGCGUCCAAUUCCAUCCUGAGCAUACAGCUGGACCAACGGACUGCGAGUUUUUGUUUGAUGUCUUUGUUGAUGCAGUCAAUUCGGUCAGGAGGGGAAAGGAAUGCUAGUA